UUACAGGGGAGCGCCCCGGUUUGGGAAGAUUUUGUCGGCAAAGCGAGUAAACUACACUCAGCGCUAAAGUAAGCUUGAUAGUAAACGUGUGUAAUAAUUUAACUCUCAUAUUUUAUAAUUUACGAGUUAUAAUUUAUUUUUUGCGAGAGAGUAAGAUGAUAGGCUUAGUUUGUUUUAAUUUUCCUCGAUUUAGGGCAACAGUUAUCGCAGCUGACUCCUUUUUGGACGCUUUUCAACGAGUUGCUGAUGUCGCGAAUUCGUCACGAGGUAAGGGUACUGUACUCUCCGGCACUUUUUCUUGUUUUGCCGCGUCAAAUAUCUACUUUGCGUUACUUAAGUCUUGUUUUAUAGCAAAAUAAGAAUGGCGUCAAUAUCGCGUCUAAAGCUGACUUUUUAGGAAGAUUAUACUUUGUACAGUGAAAGCACAUGUUUCUUCGUCGUGUCAUUCGGUUUUAGUUUCAUCAGCUGGUCAAGGGUUUUACCCACGCGUGUUGUAAUUUUUUUGUUGAUAUUUGUAUAAGGUUAUACUUUUUGUAGAAGAAUUUGAAGAGUCGUGAUGUAUACGGUGACUAGAAUCUUAUCUUGUGGUAGGAACAUAUGUACAACAUUGGAUCUUGAUUUCGUUCGGUUCUUGUAUGAAUAUAAUAGUUUAAGCUAAGAUAAGGGAUUUUACAAAGCAGAUCGUAAAUUACAAUCUGAAAUACCUCACCGAAGUCUAGGGCAACUGUUUUUUUUUUCCUUUCGAAAAUUCGUGCGUGGGUAAACUAUUUGUCGCUCGAAAUGGACGUUAUUCAGCUGAUUUAUUCGAGCGAUGAGCGUUCGACUCACAGCAGAUUGUGUUGAAUGAAUUUUCCUUCACAACGCUCUCUUUGUUUUGUUUAUUUAUAGUGGCUUGUGAAAUAGGAAACCUUCACUGGGAUCCUUCCAACCGCUUCAAGAAGAAAAUUUCGGUUCAAAUUACGGUAGUUUUGAAAUGUCGUACAAGCGGUCUACGGGAGUUUACUACGAGUUUCCCGAAACCUGGUCAUUUUAUUGUCCGUUACGAUUUUGGCGGUAAAGCAGUGCAAUUUUGCCGCGUAAUUUUAACGUUCGCGUCAAUAUUCGGCCCGUCUAUUUGGUGUUUUGGCGGAUUUUUCUGUUGAUUUUUUGCCUUAUAAUUUUGUUUUCUUUCAGCCACCCAAAGCAUUUGCAGCUAAAAAGAAGCAAUCGUGCUAGUUUUCCUUCAUCUCCUAUCAAUCUCUUUCCAUCAAAUUUUGCGGUUCUGGUUUCAUAGCAUUACUUCAAGCAUUAUUUAUAUGGUCGUGCCACCUGCUUCGAACAAAACUCGGACAGUUUUGGGAUAGCAAAAUCGUGAACCCCCUAAACAUGGAAAUCCUUGUUCAAUUUCAAUAGUCAAAAAAGGUUUUGUUAGCGUUCAGAAUUUUGAAUAAUAUUUUGUGGCCUUAAUCAAAGGAAGUACAUUUAUGCAUGAUCACUUCCUGAAUUACCGAUAUAAGCUUAAAACGUGUUUAUCGCUAUGUAACAAGAAAACUGGACAGAAAUUGUACGCGUUACAGUGGGUAGCUCGUAAGGUCUUGAGGUUUUGUCGACCCAGAUGAACACUCUUUUUCAAUUUUCGGUCAAGUUUCACUCUGUCUGAGUUAUAUCAAUUUUAAUUAUUUCAAAUUUAGAUGCAUCGGAAAUAGUCAAUCGGUAAAGAAUGUUCGGAACUACGUCUUUUAAUUUUUUAAAAAGUUAUAAAGCUUUUUUUUGUACCACAUGCUAAGAUUUUGGCACUUUGUUUAUGGAGAAUUUACGUUAAUUCCGUUACGAUUAUUUGUAACAGUUUUGGCUUAGCAAACCGUUGUAAAAUUAAUUAGAGGGUUCUUAGCUGCCAUUGUGCACUGAAAGAACGCGCUAUAUUAUUGUAGUUUUCACAAGUCAGUGAGAUGCAUUCCAAAAAACCGACUACUUGUAGUUAUUUUCACGACAUAAAUUUACCAUGGAGUCAUUGGCUGCAAAUUAGUCUAAAUAUGUGAAAACCGUGGGGUGCAUUUUAUUCAAGUUUCAUAAUAUUUGUUUUUUUCCAAUGGUGCAGAAAAAUAGGCAGUUGCUCCUACACCCCUAAUUUCUGUCUUAUCAGUAUUGUGAUGUUGAAUAUAGGAUUUUUACACAUUUUGCGUAGUAGAAGCUCACAUCCAAUGACCAGUUCUAAGACCACUGGAAUCUUGAUUUUUCAACCUCCCAGCCGGGAACAGGUAGUUAAUUCACGUGACUGGGAUGCUCUAAAAAUGGGCCUGAAAAUUACAGUAGAAGGGGAAUAAGUUCUGAUUCACAAUUCAGGUUUCUACUAGACAAGAUACGGCUACGUUUUUAAAAGUGGUGUUACCCAGUGGUUACUGCUUUGGGUCAGUCCAAAGGACUGUGUCAAUACCGUGCUCAAUGUGGAGUUCGAGAACCAGUGACAACCGCAACGGGAAUAAGAAGGACAAAACAACAAUAGGUUUAGAGUAGCUAAACAGCAGGUGCAUCACGUUUUUUUUUUCUACAUUUCUUUGCCAUGAUUGCAUGACCUCGUUGUGAAGCUGCCUAGUUUCACAUUUUGUAGAGGUCAUGAAUUUAAUAAAACUAUUUUUCAAUACUUUUUGUAAAACUUUAUCAGAUAGAGUAUUUUAGAAGUCAACUCCGGGAAAGUUUACCAACAUUUGAUAAAUUGAGUGACAUGGAAUAACAGCAAUGUGUUUUCAAACAGCAUGAAUUCACUUUUUAAGAGACGUUUUCUCAACGUUUGUUGUUGCUCUCAUUGCUUAAGCUCCAUAAUGUUUGUCCAGAUUGAACAUAAAGCAUGUUUCGAAAGUUUCACAUUUAGAAUCCCCUUUGAAUUCAUCUGGAAUACAUAGCACAUAACAGGAGGACUGCUAACAUUUAUUAUUGGCUACAUGUAAGCUUUAUUCCUUCCCUUUCUCAAAUACACAGAAGAAAAACAAAUAAAGCUAACUAGCAGAUUGAAAUGAAGAGAAAAUUGCAGCAUGACAAGGUUUCUGCUUUCAUGCUUGUUCCAAAAGUGCAUAUUAAUAGUUGCAAUACUGUGUGUUCGUCUGAGCCACUUCUAAGCUUGUGUUAAGCUAUUUAAGGUCUGUAAAGUCUUGAAAAGUCCGUGAAUAUUAGAUAAAGUCCUUAAGAAUCUUGAGAGCCAUUUAUCUUCAAAAAAUGCUUGAAAUUUCCUAAACUGGUAUUUGAUGAAGUCUAAGCAAUGUGAAAUAGCAAGAAUCUCCAUAUUUUUCAUUUUCUGUCAGCUAGCCUGUUAGUAGCACAAAGAAAAAGAAACCGUAAUAUAUCUGAAAUGCUGUGCUUUUUGCUUGAGGUAAUUAUAUAUUCAUUACAGAAUAUUAUAUUUACUUUUAGGAGGGACUUUUCAUGAUGCUAAGCUUGUUAAAAAAUACCUGUAAACUGGUUUUACUGAGUUUGAUCUACUCGAAGUUACCUGAGCAGUUUCAGUGGCUGGUUUUCAGAAUGACAUGGAAGUCAUUAGCACUUAAAAAAUUUUUGUUUCUCAUGUUAAGUAUCUUUCUUACCCAAGCCAAUGCAGAAGGAUCAAAGCGAAAACUCAGUUUAGUUCCUGGUUCUAUGGUGUUAUGAUUCAAUAAUUUCCUUAUUAUCUUUAAUUUAAUUAGUGUUCAUUGUGGUCAAAUUAUUUGCUUUGUAAGAACUUAAGUAUUAUGUAUUCUAAUCAGAGAGAACCUCACCAAACAUCUGGGUAAUUUCUUCACUUCUAAAUUGGAUACCCAGACUUCGUAUUACCCUAUGCUUUGUAAACCCAACUAUGGUAUUUUUUAUGCCUGGAAAUUCAAAGGAAGAAACCACUUCGGUGGUUCUUUAACUUGGUUCUCUCUGUUUGUCAACAUAUUCUGAAAUAAAAAUAUAUAAAACUUUUUAGCAUCUAUCUUGGAUAAUAAUUUUACAAUCUGGGGUUGCAAAGCACCUUACAGUUUAGAUUUAGUUUCAACAUUCUUUUGAAACCAAACGAUAAAUAAGUGUAUGUAUCUACUCCAUUAUAAAUUGUGGAGUUAGUUUUAUGUCCAGGCUCUUGUUUGGCCUUCUUUAAUGUAAAGACAAAUGUGCGUGAGAGUAUUUUUAGAUGCUUUUCAUUAUACAUUUAUUACACCUUCCUGUAAAGGUUAUUUUUGUGGAAAGAAUUUUAAUGAGUUUUUAUACGUACAACUUAAAUGGUUUUUGUUUGUAAGACAUGCACCUGAGAAUUGUGAAACCAGUUGAAUGCUAAGAAAUUUGCAUCAUUUUCUUGUGUUAUUAAAGAAAAGUCAGAAUUUUGUCAAAAUAGCCUUGUAAAGACAUAUUUUUUUUUGGUAAUGAUAUUGUAGUGCCAUGGCUGUGUUUGUCACAUUAGCACUCGUGUAAAUGUGCACUUGUGUUCCAAACGAAUGAGAUCAUCUUUUUUCAAAAGAUGCCUGUCCCUGUUGAACCUUUAAAGGUCAAACUUGAAUUUCAAUUUUUUUUUAAUGGAGCUGUUUGUGCUCCUUUGCCAUGCAAAGUAACGUGUAUUCAAUUUGAUGAUGACCUGAACAAGUACGUCAUCAUAAAUGAAUUAUUGCUGUCAUUUAAUGUUGAUGACUAGGUGGCAUAUUCAGUAUAUCAGUAAUGCAUCAAUACAGGUCAUCCCCGCAAAAAAACUCAGACUUAAAUAUUGCUAAUUAUGAGACCUGCAGGCAAUACGUGACAAAAUUCUUUUCACCUACGACUAGUAGCACCCAACAACACCCAGUUGUACUUUGCUUAUGAGCCUGUUGAUUUAUACAAUCUGGUGCAAAAGGACUAGCAAUGUUAUUGUUGUAGACAUUUUUAAAAAAAUAUAUUUUAGAUUUAAUGUCACUUCAAAAGCCAUGAUGAUUAAAAAUAUCUGUAUCCAUUUAAUAGAUUAAUGGAACUGAUUUUCACUGCUAGUGCACCAAAACAAGAUUUCACUGUCUCUGGGAAAAACAUGAAUUGCAAGUUGGCCUAAAUCCUGGCUCAUAGUAAUGUAUCACUAAGAAGCUUGUUCCUUGUUUAUUCUUCUUGAGGAGGAGAAUUGCGUGACUUUUUAAUCUGAAGAACGUUCGUACCGGCACGUUGCGCACAAUAUCCUAACUUUUUAAGGCUUGAUGAAAAAUGUCAGCUGUUAAAUAGGACAUUUUUCAGUAUUGUUUGUUUGUGUGUUUUUAAGGAUGCUGCAAAGAUAUUGGAGGAUCCCUGACCAGAAUGGUGAUGAGACACAGAAGUGUGGAUAGCAAGCUAAAAGGACUUGCUGGGUAAGUGUGUUUGUGACUGGGAGCCAAUAAACCUACAGUGACUCUUAAUUUAGUACCCUAAACUACCCCUUUUAAUCUCCCCCAUUUAUAGGCCUAUCAACCUGUAAAUUAACAAAAAAAUGCAUUCAAUUAUUAUAAGCUACCCCCCUCCAAAUGUAAAAAAAUGAAUUCAGUUUAAUAUUAUGACACUUUGAAGCUUAAUUAAAAACCAAUAAAUGCAAAACAUAUUUUGAUCACGACUGCUAUAGCUUAUUUUGAGACUUGUGCUUUUUCUAUUCUGUUUACAAGCCCCUUUAGACAUACCCCUCCUAAAACCCUUUUUGAAUAUGUAUAGGCCCAGGGCUUGUAAGUGGCAGUUAAUGAUAAAUAUAUUCAGCACAGGGACUGGAAAAAAAUCUGGGCUUGGUUCCUUUUAAUCCCUGACCACAGUAAAGGCCUGUUUACGUGGAGGUGGGGGACCCCAAAUAGGUGAGGUAACAUGCAGUGGGUCACCCCACCUAUCAUGUAAACGUGAUCAAAUGAAAAUGAGAGAUUAUAUGGACAUGCCGGUUACCCCACCUAUGUGGGUUACCUCGCUUACCUGGGAUGCCCCACCUUGAUGUAAACAGGCCCUAAGUCUACAUGUAUUUUCCCUCCUGGGCCCGGUUCCUCGAAAGAUGGUUAAGUUUAACCCAGGAUUAAGCCACAUUUCAAGCACGUUUUUGUCAUCUAAGAACAUGCAACUCCAGGUUACAAAAUACUGUUGAGCCUUUACUAUGCAGCAAUGAUAGCACAAAAUGUUACCCUAAGCAAUGUAUAGGAAUGUAAAAUACAAAAAUGGAGCAAAAUUUAAAUCAUUUAUUAACGCUAAUUGGCCUUUCAGGAAUUGGGCCCUUUAGAUUGCUUAGAUCGCUCUUUUGGGCUAUCAUCACUGAUCUCAGAUCUCAGAGGGCCUUCUUUGGAGAAUUCUAGAGUGAACAUUGUACUGUGUUUACCUAAUUGGAAAUCUUAAUUUGCUUUUGUCUUUGUCAGGUUGUUGUCUGAAACACUGGUAGUUCCCCUGCAAGAAAGGUUGGACGAUUGGAAAAAGGCUGUCGUUCAGAUGGACAAGGAUCAUGCUAAGGGUAAGUGUAAAAAUUAAUAAUGUUUAGACUUCUCCGGGAUUGAAUUCUUGCUUGCUCUUUGGACAAGCAACUCAAAAUUUUUUGGCUUGCGCAGGUCAAGUGAAUGAGGGUUGCUCUGUGCCUCCAGACCUUUUAUAUUAAUUAAAUCUUAAUUUAAUAUCAUGUGUUAGGAGAGAGACUGAUGGGAGACCUACGUUUGGGUACUGUGGGGAAUGUUGAUAGGGCAUUUUAUCAGGGCUCGAAAAAAACUCCUGUCCGGUAGUCGGGAACAAGUAGAUUUUUUUGCUGGGCGAGGAACUUUACGGUGCCCGAUAUGCAAGGGUACAGGCAGGUCAUCCUCUAACAAAAUCAUUAACUAGGACAAGCAAGAAGUUGCCCUGGGUGAACAAAAUGUGACAGCUGCUUGCCCAAAGGACAAACUGGAAUGAGUAGUGUAGGAGUUGCUCGGAAGGUCUCUCCUAUUGGUCGUAGGAAACAAUGACAUGUCAUUCUUCCAAUUGUUUUAGUAUUGUUUGGGGUUAGGGAAACACACCAUUGGUGACUUCUCUUGUGAGCAGCUGCUACAUGACCUGCUGGAAUUCAAGUUUUUUUCGAGCCCUCAGUGUUUAUGCUUAAACGUUUGUUGCCUACAAAGCAGUUCAUUUAAUUUUAUUGUCAUUACCUGCACUUAUUGCUGCUUCAAUCCCAUUUCAGUUAUUUCUUACAUUAAUUUAUUCCUCCAACCUUUUUGUCCUUGAAACAGAGUACAAGAAGGCAAAACAAGAAUUAAAAAAGGCCACAGCAGAAACUCACAAACUGCAAAAGAAGGUUAAGAAAGGUGAGUUAGGUGAGCGAAGUUCUUUUGAAACUUUGCAACCCAUGCAUGCUAAUUUCAAAGUUUACGCUAUCUCACACAUAAAGCCACAUGCAGUAAAAAUGCUGGAAGUCGACCCAUUUUCAGUAGCAUGGAGCCACUAAUCCUUAUAAAUACACUAUCGGGUGCUAGUCCAUUACAGAAUAAACUCCAGUUGAUGUCUGCUGUACUCAUGUAUGGGCCAGUUACAUUAACCCUUAAAACCCUACUAUCAGAGUUCUAGAUGUAGUGGAGAGAAGUUCAUUUCUCAUUGAAAAUAUCGAGCAAAUUCAUCUUGUGUGACUCUGUGUGCGUAGUAUUUAUGACCACGACUGUUUCAUAAAGCAUUGAUAUUAUUUCAUGAGAAAUGUGUUACUGAUGGCUCUUUGGAUGAAUGAAUGUAUGAUGACUGACUGAGAGAUGGGCUGAGUACAAGUCGGUUUAUUAUGGGAUAAACAACACGAGACCCUGAAGUUUGGUGCUAAUUGGGCCAAUAUUGAACAAGAUACAGCUAUUUGAAAACUUGAAAAUUUAUAAGAGAUGUAUGGAUUGCCGGACACAUCGUUCGAACGUCUAUAUAUUUCCUAGUAAAUUUUGGAGUUUUUGAAUGGCUGUAUCUCGUUCAAUAUUAAAGCCUGAUAAACAAAAUGUCCAAACUUGAGAAUGUUGCUAAUUUCAAUGAGCUCUUUCUGACUGUAUGGAUCUUGCAUUGUUUGACCUAUAAUGAAUGGACUCCUACCCUACCCUUCUUGGUUUGAAACUAGGCAAUUGGGAACUACCACUGAAUUGAGUGAACCAUAAAAAUAAUCGCUCAAAACGUUAAAACAACGUAUAUUAAAUAACACAGCAAAUACAAAAGAAGGUGUGGGUGGACAAGCUUAAAGAAGAUUAAAACACAUUGCAAUUUUAGUUUUUGAAAACUUGUUAGCCUAACAGUUUUUUAAAGUUUGUUUUUGUUGUUUAUUACAUUUGAAAUAAUUCUCCGGAGACAUAUUUGUUUUACACAAAGCUGGAUUUUUGUUGUUCAAAAGUAAUUUUUCAAGUUCCAUAGCAAUCAAGGACAGACAAAUGGUAUUAUAAACAAAAUAAACCAGCCUGCAAGCAAUGAGUACAUCAGCCCCUUAACCCUGCCAUGGACUAGCAUUCGAACUAGGUUUUGUCCAGCUCCAAGAAGAGGUGCUGCAGGGUGCUUCAUGCUAUUAAAAAACUGGGUCAAUUUCCUGUUGUUUCAGCCAGCUUAAACCUUUGUUUAAAUCACAUCAUAAUGCAUUAUUUACCUUGUUGUCUUCAUAAUUCUCUUAUUGCCACUGUACAAGAAAGAAUAAUGGGACAUAGAGAGCGAGAAUCUUAAGGAAUUGGCUGGGAUAUGUGAAUUUCACUUAAGUUAUUUUUAGAGCCUGUGAUUAAAUCGAAGUCUUAUUCCUAGGACAUUCGAACCUUUUAAUCAAUUGUUUAAAAUGUCAUCAAGUCCAUGUGUGACUGCUUCAAAGCAAACAAUGCAGAAUAUUUUAAUGUUGACACAGCAAGAGAGCAUAAUAUCCCAUCUUUCUCUCCUAAAACAUUGUAUAAAGGUUUUCGGACCUCUCCGGUUAAUUUCAAGCGUAUAAUUGGUUUAAAAAUAACUUUGGUGAAAUUCACAUAUCCCAAAGGCUAGACUGACCAUUUCCCUCUGUGUCUUAAUAUUCUCACUUGUACUGUAACAGUAACCAGCUUUCGACCAUGCUUCCUCAGCAAUAGGCCUGCUACAUGUAAAGCUUACGUUGUAAUCAUCUGGAUUCACUUAGUUGCCUGUCAAAGAUUUUGGGACAAAAUAUAUUAGACCUUAGUGCUUUCCAGGUGAAUGUGAUCACCUUAAUUGUCAGUGAGGCAAUUUUGAGGCAAUUUUGUUUGCUCAUAACAUAUUGCAUGUAUCAUUGCUGGUAUUACCGACUAUCUUUUUCUUUCGUUCUCCCAAGGUAAAUCAGAGCACCAGGAAAGACUUGAUGCGGCUUUAAAGGUAAAAUAUGAUUGCCUGUGAUUGUUUUCCUUGUUAUAAGCAUGACAACAUUAAGUUAGUAAAUUUUGUAAUAAAUGACCUUGUCAAAUCUAAAUCGGCAGUGUUAACUGCUAAGACAGAGGUGAAGAUAUCAUACCGUAAAAUUCCGAAAAUAAGCCCCGGGGCUUAUAUUUUUCAAAGGCCCUUUUUGAAGGGCUUAUUUUUGGAGGGGCUUAUAUUCGGAGGGGCUUAUCUACGGAGGGAAAUGUGCGUUUCAAACUCGAUUGGGCUAGCCUUAUAGUUGGAAGUAAAUUUACCGUUUUUGCUCAUUGUUUUACUUUGUAUUUGAGGGCAAUUUUCCAAGUACAAGCCCCCGGGGGCUUAUAUUUGGAGGGGCUAUUUAACGGAUGGUUUUUUGCGUUACCGGUUUGGGAGGCUUAUAUUUGGAGGGGCUUAUUUUCGGAAUUUUAGGGUAUCCUAUUUUGGUUAUAGCACAUACUGAUUUGGCAGAUAAAAGAGAGAGACUGUGUCGUCGUUGAGUUCGUUAUCUAAUAUUUAUUGUUUGAUCAAACUUUUAUCAACUUAAAAACAUACAAUCAUGUUCAUGCAUUUUAUUUUAAGACAUACUAACUGAGAGUUUUCAGUUGCACUGAUUUGAAAUUUGAAUGACUUUUUCUUACAGCUAGCCAAUUCCCAGCAAGCUGCAUUUGAAGAGCAAGAAAAGCGGUACCUCAAAAAGGUUUUGUUGGAAGAGAGGUCAAGAUAUUGCGUGUUAGCGACUUGCUUUAGGCCAGUUGUGGUAAGUAGUUAUCGUGAAGUCUGUUGUAUCUUGGGCAUUUCACACUUCUUUGUCAUAGGUGUGACCUUACUAUGUUGAUGCAAAUGAUUAUAAUUUAAUGUAGCCUGCGUAGCAAGCGUUUCCAUUGGUUUCGGAGCAAAGAAAGACCGGUUUUGGCCGCGCGAGAAAUGAAAGGAUACGCGGUCUUUUACUCUCGUUCCUCGUUCUUUGCUCCUAAACCGCGUUGAAACGCUUGCUACGCAGGCUAAAUUUUAUGGGGACCCAUUUACUUUAGUGACAAUUAAUAGUGAAUUGAGGCUCACAGGGUUAGUGACUGUCCUGACAAAUUAGGUUUUUUUCACUACAAUUAGAUUUUUCUUUUAUAUGAUUCAAAGUCUUCCAUUUCCCUUGGGUGGGCACCCCUUAUGGGUUGGUCUCAAUCGUAGGCUGCGUGGGAGACUACGCUUGGGUCUAAGUGUCAUGUUCGUGCCUUUUCCCGUUUUAAUCCUUUCCUUUUUCAACUUAUUUUUUUUUUUUUUCAUUUAUGUAUAAAUAGUUAUUAUUUCCUUUAUUUUGAUCUUGCCCAAUAAAGUAUGUAGUAAAGUUUGGAAUUAAAUUCGCGGUUUUCUGUUCCUUUUUCCUUAGGAGCAUGAGAUUUCGUUGUUCGGGGAAGUGGAACAUUUCCAGUCCAUCUUGGCAGACAUAAUUAAACAGACAAUAAGCCCUUCGACGUUGCCGCUGGCAGGCGAGGACUUGAUACGAGAGUUCAGGCUCUCCGAUCAUAACAACGGUGAUGAUCAGGUAGAUAGAUUUGGUUUUAUUUUUGUUUAAUUCAUUGGCAAAAUCAAGCCAUCAAUUGUGUCGGUCCGGAUAGUCUCCUCGCUCAUGAUUACAGUUCGCGGUCAGUGAUUGCCAUAAAAAUUUGUCCCAGUAUUCACUUAUUUCUUUACUUAAAUCUACAGUCUCCACCGCCAAGUCCAACUACUACAAUGGCCCGAGCAUCAAGUCCACUCCAUACCGGUCGCGACCCCCCUACUUCCCCGCCUCCUCCGCUCCCCACAGACACAGACCCCUACUUCAACGCUUUUAGUCGCCAUUACUCGUUCUCGGUCAAGCACAGCCAAACACGAAACAAGCUAACCGGCUCUGCAACACCCACUACAUCCCCCAAGAAAGUUGCUCCCCCACGGGUGUGCGCCCGUGCUACGAGCUUCAGUGUGUCGUCAACGUCAUCACAUUCAUCAGUGUCGUCUUUAGGAUCUUCAAUAGGCUCGCCGUCGGUGGAGAGCUUUCCUCGGCCCCCUACCCCUCUGCUGUCUCCAGGUUAUUCAGGGGACUUACAGAGUGAUCCACUUCCUCCCCCACCCUUCCCUGGAGCAGUGCCUACCUUACCACACCCAGGUAAGGACGUACAACUAAGCAAGAUUUGCGUCAAAUGCGUUUGGUAUUGAAGUUAGUGUGGUUGCUUAUACACUUGUCAUUGGCUUUCCUGGGGCCUGACCCAGGGGAAACCCCGAGAACAUGUGAGCAGUGUGCAUUUUUGACACUUUUGGGCGGGGUGGGUAUAUUGUUUAGUUUCAGUAACGAACGCUGAGACCCCAGAGAUGUGCCCCCGGGAUUUGGUGGACGUGGGUCAGCGAGACAUAGCUUAUGACCAAAAAUAGCGUUGGUCGCAAACAGGCGCAGCUGUGAAAUUUUACCUGUUGCGUGAGAAAAUUUUGGGACCACAAUUUUUCUAAAACCGAGUCAAAAGUCAAAGGUUGUGGCUUUAAUACAUGCUAAAACUAAUUGACGAAGUCUACUUUAGACGAAACGCAUUGGAGAAUAAACCAGUUUUCAACAGUGAAAGUUCGCAGAGUGCUGCUCUCUAGUUUAGUUAAAAAAAAUUAAAAAAUAAAUAAGCAAGGGCCAAGGUGUCACAUUUGGUAUCAUGGACGCUGUGUCAAGAUUAGUGGAAGAAAAGCGAAAAAAAGAGAUAGGCAGGUAUCUGUUAUUACUGCUAAGAUACAGUGUAAAGGAAGGUAUUCUGGCUUCUUAGCCCCUGGGGAGGGGGAUUUAGCGUGAAUUUUAUGCCCUACACCCCGGAGGAAUUAGUAGGUUUUUGCUGGGUGGUGGAGACAAAUCCCCGGGGGUGUCCCAGGGGGUCAACCUGCGGGAAAGCCAACUCGAUGAUAAGUGCAUCAUUUUUGCUUCUAAACAAGCCGGUCAUAAUAACAGUGAGUAGAAAUUAUUUGGGAUUCUUUUGUUAAAUGAAAAUGGUUUUCCUCCCGAAGUCCGUAAGAUUAUGGCAAAAGUUGAACCGCAACAGCAGUAGAUCAAAGUAAUGUUUGCGUUACCACUGGUGUUAAAUUUUAUCCCAGCAUUUCUAGGACUGUAGAAGAUACUUUUGCCUUUGUAUUGGGACAUUAAAUUUAGUGAUGGCCGUCAGUUUUUGUUGAACAGCGUUGGCCGUUGUUAUGCGGAGUUUCAGAAUUGGUUUUGAAUGAAUAGAUGACAGUCAUUUUUGUUUCGGACAACAAGUUCUGGCCGCCGAUAGUGAACUUUACUUUCUGAACCCGCAACUUUUAAUUUAGUCACUGGGACGGUUGUGGUCUUAGAUUCACACAUGAUAAAAAUCUGCUGACCGUUUGGAUCCAAGUUAAACGUCUCGUUAUUGAAGUUAGCGUAAGAAUGGCACUGAAUUGAAGGGUUGUUAUUUGUUUUCGUUUUCGGUAGGCGACAGAACAUCAUGGACGACAUCUACUGACUCGGGCUGCUGUUCGUCCUCCUCUGGGGAGAGGUCUCCGUCAGCGUCGCUUGCGCAGAUGUAUCUACCAUCCUCGAUCGCGGAACACCCGCGAGAAGGCGCGCCCGGACAGACUGACACACAAGGGCCUCAGUAUGCCACUCCCUACGCUGUUUAUAGUGGUACAAGGUCGCGGUGUAUGAGCGAGUCAGCCACGGGUUUGGCGCAUCGAAGAAGCGAUAGCGAAACGUCUUCACAGAGUAGCUACUCGGAUCAUAUCCCAGCUGCUGGUGGGCUAGCAAGCAGCGAUUCGGGUUAUUUCAGUUAUGGAGGAUACCACCAUCGCUCUAACCCCGAUAGUAUGCAAGAAAAUUCCGGCGGAUGGACUCCCCAGCAGAAAUUGAAAACCGGGUAUGGUAGAAGUCAGAGUAUUUCCGGUAGGCCAACGGCAGCGCAGCAGGCGCAAUUAGCCACGUUAGCGAGUCACGCCGCGCGCAGCAGGAGCGCGCCGAUGCCACCCGCUAGAAAAUCAUCCGUGCCGCCCCCGUGCCCGGAAAGAAAGACGGGACUAACGCUAUCGGAUGGUGAUUUGAACAGUUGUGAUGAAGUGGAUGAACAAGGUGAAAAGCUUAGCUUCUUGCAACGGCAAAUCCAGCAGCAAAGACAGUUGAUACAAGCCAAGGCGAAAAGUAAGGAACAGUCAUGA